CAACGAUGGAUAUACAGUUAGUGCAUCUCAAAAUACGAAUAGUCAUGUAAGUGUAAGAACCAAUAAUCUUAUGAGUAGCGGCACUCACGAAUUUCACGUUCUAAUCGAAAAAAGUUGUUCGAGUAAUUGGGUUGGUGUUUGUGACGAAAUGCUUGAUUUAUCUACUUUUGCUGGAUCACAAUACGGAUGGAUUUUGGGUUCACAUGGAUCCUAUCGACAUAAAGGCUUGAACAUCAGUGAAAUUCCAAAUUUCGCACGGGAUAAUGUGGAAAUCAUUGUGCACCUAAACGUGGAUAAUAAGACGGUCGCCUUUUCAGUUGACGGUACAAGGUAUCAACCAGUUACAUCAUGGACUAAUCUUCCAUCAAAACUUUAUUUUGUUGCGUCGCUUUGUUUUCCAGGAAAGUUCAAAAUUUUAGGAUCAAAGGAUUAA